CGCGCUGCCUCCGUGCGUCAUCACACACACACACACACACACUCAAAAAAAAAAAAAACAAUAUGAAGACCGAGAGACGCGGCAGUCCGGUCGGGACUGAUUACUGACCUCAGCAGCGCGCGCUCACAGAACAUCGUGUACGAGACCUGGACGCGGAAGGAGUGAGAGGACGAAGAGGAGGAGGAGGAGGAGGACAGCACGAGCCCUUUAGCAUGACUCUGGGGACGGAUGUGUCGGAGAGCCCGCCGCUGUCCGACGACGUGGACAUCGAUGUGGUCGGUGGCGACAGUGUGAGAGAUGGGAAAUAUCUGCGCCACCACCACCACCACCGCGUUUUCCACCCGGACCACGAUUCCGACGAUCCUCUGUCGUCCCACGAGGUCGGUGAGGGCGCUGCCAGCGGGUCCGAGUGUCCGGAUGACGACCGCGUCGGGGCUCGGGGCGAAUCCCGAGACGGCGCCGAGCCAUUAAUUGGGGACAAACCGGUGAAAAACGCGCUCGUGAAGCCGCCGUAUUCAUACAUCGCGUUAAUCACGAUGGCCAUCUUGCAGAGCCCGAAGAAACGUCUGACGCUGAGCGAGAUCUGUGAGUUCAUCAGCAACAGGUUCCCGUACUACCGUGAAAAGUUCCCAGCGUGGCAGAACUCCAUCCGGCACAACCUGUCGCUCAACGACUGCUUCGUCAAGAUCCCACGCGAACCCGGGAAUCCGGGAAAGGGCAACUACUGGACGCUGGACCCGGAGUCGGCCGACAUGUUUGACAACGGGAGCUUUCUGCGCAGGCGGAAGCGCUUCAAGAGACACCAGAACAGCGACGUGGUUCUCCGUGACGCGGGCGGAUUCCUCCCGGGAUUUGGAUACGGCCCUUACGGCUGUUACGGCCCUGGUGCCGGUGGUGCCGGCGGCUACGGACUGGCGCUGCAGAACUUCCACGCGUACACACACCACCAUCACCACCACCACCACCCGGCUGGGACGUUCCCUUUCCAGGGCGCUCCGUGUCCCCUUCCCGCCGUGCCCUCUUCCAUCUUCUCCUCGUCUCCGCACACCGUGCCGUCCUCUCUGCUGGGAACUGAUCUAAGGAAGCCCUUUUAUCCGCAGCUCGGUCCGGCGCUCGCGCCUCACAAAACGGACACGAACACGUCGCGCCGCCCGUCUUUCUCCAUAGACAACAUCAUCGGCGCAACCAGCUCGCCUCCGUCGGCGCCCUACAGCGCGCAGCUACCGGCGGGUCAGGCGCAGAUCCUCGCCAUGCUCACCCCACCGUCCUCCAACCACUUGAACCUCUCUCCGGAAACGAUUGCACCGAGCUCGUGCGCGGACUUCCUCCGGUAAAACGGGGACGACAAACUUUUUGUUGUUUUUCAGAGUUUAGUCAUUUUUCCCAGAACGGCAAGCGAGCCCGAAUGCGCCGCGGUCCGUUUAUAAAAUUCGACAUUUUGCCAAGGUAGGAACUGACUUUUUGUGAGGCUAAAAAUUCUCUCCUUUUUUUCCGCCUGGAAAUUUGAGUGUAAACAAACAAACAAACAAACAAACAAACAAAUAUUAAUGAUAUAUUUAAGAACUGUAAAUAUGUACAAUAUUGAGAAACAUCCUGUGCAGGCAGAAAUGAACAUUUAAAAAGAAAAAAAAAGCGAAAAGGUUGUCCGAGGUUAACCUUUGACCUUUGAUCUCCUGUGCAGUUGUUUUUAAACAGGAAACCAUUCAGUUAAUUAGAUCUGAUCUCAUUGUGAAGUGGAUUUUUCCUGUCGGCGCGCUUACAGAUUGUUAUUGCUAUUGUUAUGGUUUAUAUAUAAAUUUUGUGAGUUUUGUGAAAAAAAAAAAUAAGGGAAAGCACUGUUUUAAUAGUAGAGAGACCGAAAAAUAUCGACUCAGGUUU